AUGUCUUCAGUCGGUGUCAUCAUCUCAGGGCGGCCUGUCAUCACCGAGCCUUCCUCCGUUAUAUCGCCGACCCAGUUCGCCUUCCAAAUCCCUUCGCAGCCGUCCUUCUCCCACAUCGUCGUCUUCCUGCUUCCGGGCGUCACCUUACCAGAUGGCACCGCCGCCGCCGUAUACGCGCAAUUACCCGGUACGACCGACUUCAAACUUCUCGGCGCGAUCGCGAACGAAAAGCCUAGCGCGAUAUUCAAAGUGAACGCGAAAGCUGGUGGGCCUGCAGGUGGUGGCCUAGGCGACAAUGACGAUGCCAUGGUGGACGAGGGCGUGUCGAUGGACGCGUCGAAUGGCAGCACCGUGCCGCUGGCCCUUGGGAUAAGCGUUGAACCAGCGCAACAAGUCGCCGCAGCUCUGGAGCAGAACAAGGCUCAAGAGGCCGCAUCAUCGGCAACACCAAACAUGGGACAAGGCAAUGAGUUGGUGCUGAGAGGACAAAGAAGCGUGGAGACCAAGGUGCUGGCGCAGAGGAUCAUCAAGAACUGCUACGACUUCUUGACAAGCUGGGGCUCGGGAGACACAGUGCCGUUGAAGGCAUUCCAGGCAUGGUGGACAAAGUUCGAGGGCAAGAUCGAACGGGAUCCGGGCUUCCUGGAGAGGAGCGACGGAGGUUGA